GUUGAUCCCCGAGCCCGGCCGCGCGGCUCCCAGGGCCCGGCCGGGCGAGGCUGGGCGGCCGGGAGGGACGAGCCCCGGGCCGCGCGGCGCCCGCUAGCAGAGCGCGGCCGGACGCGCGCCAUGGACCCCAAGGCGGGCGGCGGUGGCGGCGAGGAGGAUGACUGCGUGGAUUCGGGCGCCGAGACCGGAGGGUCCGACUACAGCCGCAUGUCCUCCGCCAGCAGUGAUCUGUCCGCGGAAGAGGCGCAGGACCCUUUCCUGGUUAGCAUCCACAUAAUUGCAGACCCAGGGGAAUCCCAGCACCUGCAGGAGGCCAUCGACAAGGUCUUGGCUUGGAUCCACCCAGACCUCCAGCUGUUCCGCGUCUCGGAGAGGAGGGCGUGGCGGAGGCGGAAGAAGGCGGCCGAGGCUGCGCAGCCGGCCCUGGCGGUGGUCCUGUUUCUGCAGGAGGAGUACGGCCAGGAGCAGAUCCUGCAGCUGCACCGGACGCUGCAGCGGCCGCCCUGGCACUUCCACCACGCGGAGCGCGUGCCCGGCAGGCUCCUGCCCUACCUGCCCUGCAGCCAGGACUUCUUCACGCUGGCCCCCGGGACCCCGCUGUGGGCGAUCCGGCCGGUGCACUACGGCAAGGAGAUCGUGCGCUUCACCGUCUACUGUCGCCACGAGAACUACGCCGACACCCUCAAGUUCUAUGAGCUGAUUCUCCAGCGAAGCCCCAGCCAGAGGAAGACGGACUUCUGCAUCUUCCCCAUAUUCUCUAAUCUGGAUGUGGACAUCCAGUUCUCCCUGAAAAGGCUGCCCCGCGAGCAGACCCCAGUCCCCACCGACUCCUCCGUGCUGGAGUUCCGCGUGAAGGACUUGGGGCAGCUGGUGCCUCUCCUGCCGAACCCCUGUAGCCCCAUCAGCGAGGGCCGGUGGCAGACGGAGGACCACGACGGGAACAAGAUCCUUCUGCAGGCACAGAGGGUGCACAGGAAACUAUGCAAACCCAGCAGAGCCCACCAAUCCUCAGAGAAGAUACCUCCUUCCGUUCCCUCUGCAAACAGCACUGCACCGAGCCGUGCCCCCAGCAGCAGCCAGCAGCCCCUGCCUGACGGUCCAUGCCCAGGGCUCGGCCAGGUGGGUCUGCCUAACGGGGACCAGCAGGAGUUUGCCAGACCAACCAGCAGCGCUCCCAGCCCUCCCUGGUCUUUCCAGAGAAGCAAGUCCUUGUUUUGUUUGCCCUCAGGAGGUCCCUCCCCAGCCUCCUUGUCUGAACCACAGUGGCCCUCAAGCACAGGUACCCCAGGGCACAGGGCAGCAGAGUGGAGGCACAGCCAGCUCCUCUCCAUCGACGACUUAGAGGGGGCCCAGGAGACGGAUGUGGACACAGGCCUGAGGCUGUCCUCCUCAGACCUGUCUGUGGUGUCUGCAUACUCUGCACCCAGUAGGUUUUGCAGCACCGUGGAGACAUGCCUCCCCUCAGAAACAUGCAGCAGCCGCUGGCCCAGGCACAAGGAUUCCAGAGAAGGGCCACUGCCUGCCAUGAGCAUGGUGGCCCCUGAGGCCUCCGGGCCUUCCCCUCCUUUAUUCACCAAAGGGUCUUCUAGCUCCUCAGUGACAUCCGUUGCAGCUUCCUCAGCUUCCGGUGCCUCCUCACUCACAGAGUCAUCCCAGGAGCCCCCUCAUGCCAUUUCCAAAGUCCAGCCGACUGGCAGAGACAUCCCGUCACAUCCAGCAUUGGCUAGCCCCGGUGUUGGCGAAAUGGAGGAAUUCUACAUCUGAACGCCCCGGUUUGCACACAAACUCUCGACACAGACUCAGGUCCUCCGCCCCUCAGUCUCUGGGCUCUGCUUCCACACGGCUGUUUAGAAUUUAAUUACCUGUUUCUUAAGGCUCGGUAGCACAUUUGCUAUACUGCCCAACCUGAGGUGAGUGGUGGUAUAUUUCUAGGGACUGGGUGGAAAGAUAGUGGCAUUUUUAUGCAAAUAAAUCUCAACAACCUUAAGUCGUAAAAUAUAUUUUUUGAAUACCCCACUUGAGAUAUGGUUUAGUGCGCUUAUACAAUUUAAAUCCAUCAUGUAAUUAUUUGAAAUGAAAAAGUCUAGCCAGCUGGAGCUGAUUUAGCAGUUUUUCAUGCUGUGAAGAAAAACAAUUAAAGCCAAAAUGUUGAAUGUGGGAAAGAUACUGAGUUACUUGUAUGAGAGAUUCGUGUAUAAUAACGUAGUGUCCAUCUUAUUGGCCCUCCAUGUAUGUUCACAUAAUCAGGAAGCAGUGGCCCUAAGAACAUUGCAGGACUGCUUAUGGUAAAAAAAGAGCCGGCUUGAAAGACGGUAGUAACCUUGUGUUAACCAGUCGCUGUGGAGUCAGUUCCACUCCUGAAGACCCCCUGUGUGUGAGAGAAGAACUGUGCUCCACAGGGUUUUUAAUGGCUGAUUUUUUCAGAAGUAGAUCUCCAGGCCUUUCUUCUGCGGUGCCUCUGGGUGCACUAGAACCUCCAAGUCUUUGGUUACCAGAUAAACGAACCAGGUAAUACGGCACUUUGAAAUCCUCCAACAGCUGAGAAUCUGGAUUUACACAACAGCUAAACUGAGGGUGGCUAAUAUGCUUUUCAAGGAAUUAACAUAAGUAACAAACUCUGGAUGCAUUGAGAAAAUAUGAUUUGAUGUCAAUAUAGAUUUGCAUACACUUUGUUCAAAGCACAUUUGCUGUAAUGGGUGAGGGUCUGCAGAAGACAACUUCACCACCUGCGUGUAUUUGGGCCACUGGGGAAGAAUCGCUCACUGGAGUUACAGAAUGAUAGCAUAUUGGACGUAAUAGGUAGGGAGUCUUAAGAGUCUUGAUUUUUAAAAAUGGUAGUCUAAGGGCCGUACGUAUCUAUAGAGCUCAGGAGCCACAUCUCAUACAGCUCUCUCUGGUAAACAUGCAUGUCACCUUAUGUUUUUUAUUUUUAAGUAACACAUAACAUUUCACCUGGCAUUUUGAUUAAAGUAACAAAUGCUCCCUCUCCCCCAAAUGGGAAAUUGUACAUGAGGGUCUUGCUCUCCUGAACAAACCCUGUUACACUGCUAAUCCUCCACAAGUACAGGAGCCUUAAUGAAAGCCAGAGCUUCAGCCAGAUGUGGCUUUUCUGCCUGUCACCUGCUUCUGACCUGGCGUGAAUGGUAUUUAAAUCUCACCUCCCCCUGUCACCUAGGUAGGAUUGUGUUUACACUUCCAACCUCGGCAAUACCACGUGCUGCCAACAGGGGCAGUGCUGAGCAUUCCCUGGAUGCUGUUGCUGGUUUCCCAGCCUGGUGCUCCUUACAUAAUUACUCCUGGCCGAGUUUUCACCUUUCUGCAAGUACCCACACCAGCCCAGGCGCAGCCUCAGAGUCCUUUCCAUACAGCUGUCCAGGCAGCUGUUACCAGUCACCAGACAAGCUGAAGCCCCAAGUCUUUGCUAUCCCUGUAACGAGAGCCUGAGGAGCCCUGGUGGCACAGUGGUUAAACUGCUCAGCUGCCAACCAGAAAGUUGGCAGUUCAAACCCACCAGCCACUCCUUAGGAGAAAGAUGUGGCAGGCUGCUUCCGUAAAGAUCACAACCUUGGAAACUCUAUGGCGAAGUUCCACUCUGUCCUAUAGGGUCACUGUGAGUCAAUUCAACGGCUGUGGAGUGAGAGCCUUACAUCCUACCCCAUACCCUGGAUUCUCCAGGACUCCUAAUUUUGAUAUUCUGCUCCAGUUUUAGUAAAUAAAAGUAUGAUCUCAUAGCAAUAAAGCAGGAGUGAGUUUUUUUUUUUUUUCUAAGAAGGGCUAAAUAGUAAAUAUUUUAGUAGGCUUUGUCAGCUAUAGAUUCUGUUGCAAGUACGCCACUCUGACAUUGUAAUGUGAAAAAAAGCCUUAAACAAUAUAAAAAUGAAUGAGAGUGUCUGUGUUCCAAUAAAACUUUAUUUACAUAGACAGAUGGUGGGCCAGAUUUGGCCCAAAGGAUGUAGCAUACCAGCCCUGCUCUAGACUGCUAAAACAAACAAAACCAGUUGCCAUCAAGUGGAUUCCAACUCAUGUGUGUCAUAGUAGAACUGUGCUACAUAGAGUUUUUAAUGGCUGAUUUUUUGGAAGUAGAUCAUCAGGCCUUUAUUCCAAGGCACCUUGGUGGAUUCGAACCUUCAACCUUUCAGUUAGCAGCCAAGAGCCUAACUAUUUGCACCACCCAGGGAUGCCUCCAGACUGCUGUCUAAGGUUUAUUCAGAGAUCAACAACAAAAAAUCUAAGUCUGCACCCUGCUGCUGCUGGGGGGUAUAAUGCCAAGAAAAUGGGCUACUCAGGUCAAGCCGAUGACCAUAGAACCACAGGGCAUAGAACAAUAAGGGGCUUCUUUCUGCAAAGCUGAUUCCUAGAAAGUCCUAGCAGUCCACCUCCUGCCUGAAAAUGUGACUCCCAACCAGUAGCUGAUGAUGAAAACCAACCUGCUAACACUAGAGAGGAGAAGAAAAAUAAUUCACCGCAGUCUUCCGUGAAUGGGAGCAAGCUCAUCAGUAGCACAAGUCAGAGAAGCAAAAACGAGCAGACCAGCUGCCACAUGACGGCUCUGCUGGUCUUCAUCCUUUAUCAGCACCCUGUCUAGCGUACUCACAUGCACCCCUAGGAUGCUUUAGAUGCCUGCAUGCCACCCUCCUGCGCCCAGGUCUCACCUUUUCUCAGUGACCCACCGCCUCAUAGUUCAGUCUCCCAAACUGAAGUGACCCCAAAAGAUGUGCAAAGACACCACUCAAAAGCAGGAAAUGCAUAAUACAAGGGGGAAGUGAAGGGAGGCCCACGACAGCCCAAGUUCAGGCCUCCCAAGGUAUGGCUGGGAAACGGCAAUCACUAUGAAGAAAGAGUCAGAGGAGCACAUUUGACAAGGCUCUGACCUCCAUUUCUGGCCAGAGUAGAACUGUGCUUCAUAGAGCUUUCAAGGCUGUGAUCUUUUAGAAGUAGAUCGCCAGGCCUUUCUUCCAGGGUGCCUCUGGGUGGACAUGAACCUCCAAGCUUUCAGUUAGUAGCCAGGCACGUGACUGUUUGCGCCACCCAUGGAUUCCUAUUUCACUAGCGUUUUCCUCAGCUGGGAGGAGUGACACCCACUCUGUCACUGGUGAAUCCUGACUCAUCUGGAGUGUUAUUCUUGUGGUAGAUGCUGAUGCUGCAGGUGCUCAAUAAAUUUUUAAUUAAAAACAUUGAGGCUGUCUCAGAAGUUAUUUCUCUCCUGGCAUAGGCCCUGCGAUGUUGGAGAUCUAGCCCUAUGUUUUGGUCACUUAAUGGACCCCAGCCUUGUCUUCCUUGGCCUGGCACUGCCCCCCAGCACUGUCCCAGAGCCAUGUUAAUCAGUGCCCUAGCCCAGUUUAUAUCCUGUCACUUACAUGUCUCUUUUCCAAAGAAGACCCUAAGUA